GUGCGACACAAUGAAUUUUGGCAUCAGUCAUCACUCGUAUUCAGCACUACACAGUCGUUAAACGAAAUACCAUAUUACAAUCAUGAGCGGACGCGGCAAAGCAGGCAAAAAGGGAGGCAAAUCCAAGACCAGGUCGUCCCGUGCCGGACUCCAGUUCCCGGUCGGUCGUAUUCAUCGUCUGUUGAGAAAAGGAAACUACGCCGAACGUGUCGGAGCAGGAGCACCGGUGUACCUGGCCGCCGUCAUGGAGUACUUGGCAGCUGAAGUUUUGGAGUUGGCAGGUAACGCCGCCCGAGAAAACAAGAAAUCUCGUAUCAUCCCCAGACAUUUGCAAUUGGCAAUCAGGAACGAUGAGGAAUUGAACAAAUUGUUGUCCGGAGUAACCAUCGCUCAAGGCGGUGUGUUGCCAAACAUCCAGGCCGUUCUCUUGCCCAAGAAGACCGAGAAGAAAGCUUAAAAAAACUUUAUAUCUACCCAUCUAAAACGGCCCUUUUCAGG